AUGGGUACUUUGUUCAUAGCACUGUGGAUCAAUUCAGUGGUGAGAGCAGACCUGUUACUGGAUGAUGCAGAGAUUAUUCAGGGUUUGAAAGAUGUUUUGGUUGGCAUGAAGGUUGGAGGUAAAAGAAGAGCACUGAUACCUCCAGAGGUGGGAUAUGUCAGUGAAAACUUGAAACCAAUCCCUGAUCAGUUUGGCCCAAGGAGAAGCCUUCUCUCUCAUGCAAAGGAGCCAUUAAUUUUCGAGGUUCAACUCUUGAAGGUCUUAUGAUGCACAUUUAAUCAUAUAAUGAGAUUCAAAUCAAAAAACAUUGUAAGAAAUCCCCAACAAUGAGGCAUGUGCUUGUUUUAAUUCAACCUGAAUUUUGUCCAGUG